GCUUAGAAUCCUACAUACAGUUAAUAGGGAGUGAGCUGUUUUGCGCUCUGGGGCUUUCUUCUGAGAAGAGAUGCUCAGGAUUGCCUUAGGAAUACCAUUGAUUGCGCUUGCCGGUAGUCUUUCUUCUCCGUUUUUGCGCGUAUCCAGGCCAAAGGUGAGCGCCAUCUUGGCAAAGGUUUAUAUAGGGACCCAUUCCUCUCCUCCCCUUUGGCUGCAUGGAAAGCUUCACAUCGUUGGAACUAUGGAGAUGAAUGAGCCGCAAGAGUGGACUGGAACUGGACGAUCGAUCCGAACGAGUGUGACAUCGGUGAUGGAUGACUUCACACCUGAUCACUUUUCACCCAGACCUGGCACAAACAAGCUGCAUCAGACAAUGCCAGUGGAUGCGUCUCCAGACUCUAAAUGCCCAAUCUGCCUGGACAAAUUUGAAAACAUGGCCCACUUGGACCAUUGCUGGCAUAAAUUCUGUUUUCGUUGUGUGCAGGAGUGGUCCAAAAACAAAGCAGAAUGCCCACUCUGUAAACAGCCUUUUCACUCCAUUGUGCACAGUAGGAGAUCUGAAGAUGACUUUAAAGUGUAUACAGUAAGGCCUUCAAACACUGACUAUUUUGCUAAUCCUGAUGGGAGGAGAUUCCGUUACCGGACAACUUUAACACGGGAACGCCGUGCAUCAGUUUAUCCCCGAAGAAGUUCCUCCUUUCGAAGGACAGUGUCUCCUCCAGAUAAUGGAAUCUUGUUUGAAGGACUGUCAGGUCAAACAAUGAGGCAGAGAAAUGCAGAAAUGCAUCAAAUGCUCAGACGUCUAGCUUCGAGACGACAGGCUAGCUUAGAGGGCAGAUCUAUGCGACAAAUUCAAGAACAGGAGAUAAUUAACUUCCGAAGAGCUCUGUAUCGUUCUGGUACACGCGUUAGAAGCAUUGAAGAUGGAGGACGCUAUAGAGACAUAUCAGCUGAAUUUUUUCGCAGGAAUCCUGCCUGCCUCCAUAGGCUAGUUCCAUGGCUAAAGCGUGAGCUCACUGUCCUGUUUGGUGCUCAUGGGUCUCUGAUCAACAUUGUACAGCAUAUCAUCAUGAGUAAUGUGACUAGAUACGAUCUGGAGAGCCAGGCAUUUGCAGAUGACUUAAAACCUUUCUUACUCCACCGCACGGUACACUUUUUGCAUGAGUUCAUUAGCUUUGCCAGAUGCCCUUUUAACAUAGAAGCAUAUGAUCAGCACGCAAAUUACGAUUGUCCUGCUCCAUCAUAUGAAGAAGGAAGUCGGUCUGAUUCCUCCAUCAUUACAAUCUCUCCAGAUGAGGCUCAAGAACCAGAACAUCAUGCUUUCACAGAUGAUAUUGGCCAGGCACCUUGGGAUGAUGAGACACCUGGACCAUCUUACUCCAGCUCAGAGCAGGUUCAUGCUGCCAUAUCUACUACUUUGGACACUUCAGAAAGCUCUGAUGGGGAGCCUUCUGCUAACCCAGCUGAAUUGCAGGCUCAGUUACCAGCUCAGGUGGAGAUGAAUGGUGACAGUUGUGAUUCCUCUGAUAACUGUGUUAUUGUUGGCUAUGUAAAACCAUUAGCAGAGAGAACACCUGAACUAGUGGAGCUAUCUUCAGACUCGGAGGAAUCAGCUGAUGGUGAGAAAAGUGAAGAUGUGAAGAAAGUGCAGCCUAUCCAGUAUCACAGUUUUAGUGAUACUGAUGCUAGUGGGUAUGCAUCACCGUUCUCCAUUGGAUCUAGAGAUGGUAGUACCAGUUAUAAAACUAAUGUGUCCCUAUCAAGUAAAAGAAAAUCCAAAAGGAGUGAGGACAAUAGUAAAACAAGAGAAUCUGCUACCCAGUCUUGGUUACAAAGCUCACCUACAAAAAGAGAUGGUGAUGAUGACUACAGUUUAUCCAAAAGAAGGAAAUCUGAAUCUUAUGCACAACGUUCUUGCAGCAGAGAGGGGCAUGGCCUGAAAAGUAAGAGGAAGCAUCGUAGUAUGGAAAAAGGAAAAAGGAAAAGAGACUCUAGCAGACAUAAGCGUAGGAAGGACAAAAAGAAGUCAAGAACCCGAGACAAGAGUCUGUCUCGAAAGAGCCAAACUCUCUCUCUGAGUAGUGAGAGUAUUGAAUCUAGAGAUUUAAGCAGAUCGAGAUCCCACAGCCAUGAGUACAGCAAAAGUAGAUCAAAGAGUAAAGAUAGGGAUUAUUACAUAAGAGACAGUUAUGUAAGAGACGGCAAAUACAAAUGGGAGUGCACUAUUUACAGCAGAAAUACAGCCCGAGAUGGGUAUGAAUCAUUGUAUAGGAGACGGACUCAGGCCAGAGCUCAGUAUUCAAGGCAAUCUGCUACCCCAGACUACAGAAUGCAGUCAUUUUCUGAACGGACAAAUACUCGAAAUCAAAGAGGUCUUAGAGAGAGCAGAUAUUACUACUAUGAAAGACGCAGAUCGAGAAGUCGAUCCAGCAGCAGAUCGAGGACUCCUCCUAGGGGGCAUGAUAGAGUGCGAUAUGAGAAACCCAGUGGGAAAAGGAAGUAUAAAACCCAUCACCUGGAGAGUGCACAUGGAGGCAUUGAAGAAGCCUCUUCUACAAAGGAAGGAAGUGUCCUUGAACUACCUUUGCCAAAGCACAAGGGCUUUUAUAAAAAGGCAGGAAGCCUUUCAGACAGGCAACCUGAGGCUGAGAGUCAGCACAAAAAGAGGAAAAAAAUGUCAAGAAGUCCAAGUGUGGAGAUUAUUUAUGAAGGGAAAGCCACCGACAUGACAAGACAUCAUAAAAAGAAAAGAAAAAGAGAGAGGAAACCACACAAAAGCCACAUGGGAUCCUUUCCAUAUUCUUCUCCAGUUGUAAUUACAAUUGACAGUGACAGUGAUAAAGACACUGAAAUCCAGGAGAAUACUGAGUGUGAUAGUAGCAUUUCCUGGAGUCCUACAAUUCAACAAAAUGAGAGAGAAGUAGAGUCUCCUUCAUCGCUCUUGGAAACCAGAGACUGUAACUAUGACAGAGUUGAUGAAUUGGAAAGUAUGGACAAGGACAGCAGUGUUACCACAACAAUGAAAGUGGUAGAUGAGACUCCAAAUGCAGCCCUGCAGCCUCAAGGAACAGCCAGUGGACAUACACCUUCUUUGACAGACAUUGGUACUUCAUUUGGCACAGGAAAUCAGCUUAGUAAUGUGGAAACUGAAUCUGUCAACCAAUUGCCAGCCAUCAGAAUGCCUUUACUAUUAAGGAUCUCAAGGAAGCUUAUUGAACAUUCAUGUAAAUUGGACUCACCAGAGCAAAAGGUUUAACUCUGCUUUUAAAUGAGGAUUUUUUUUACAGUCAGACUUUUCUUGUAAGCAACAAAUCUCAUGAUUUCUUUGCUAUGAAAUCACAUAUGUGUAAAGAUCUCAUCCUCCAAUGUUUAUACUUAAGUCCAAGAGAACAGAAUAUUGCUAGUGUCCACCACCCUUUUUGUUCUCUUUUGUUUCCUGUGUCACAAAAUCACUGCGUCCUCCCUCUGUAAUAUAAUAUAGAUCCUCUGAUAUCUCAUUGUUUUUAAAAUGCAAAGUUAGAAAAUAACUUUGGUUGCUUUUUUAACUUGUAUAAAGGAAAAAAUGUUCAGGUUUAAUUUUGCCAUAUCCUUGAUUUGCUUAAGUUUACUUUGCUCUGUGCCAUCAGGAGUCAUUAUUCUGCCCCCCUCCCUUUUGUGUAUCAGUUGUGGGCCCAGAUUUUUCUCUGCUGUUCUUCUAGCUCCCCUUUCUGUGUUGCCUCACACACACUCUGGGUGAUAGCAAUCUAAGUUACACUCUGACUUGCUCAGUCAUACUCAGACUUGUUACUUAACUCCACUGAUUUCACUGGGUCUACUCUGUGUAUGACUAACAGUGACUAUCACCCUCUCUAAAGCAGUAGGCCGGAUCCAGAACUGAGGUUCCCCACCCGUCGAUAAGAAUCUAUGAUUGUUAAAUGAUAUUGAUUCAGGCUGCCCUUUGAGCAAGUAUUUCACAAGAGCUCCAAUAAAGACUUUCCUGAAAUCUGUUUUAGUAAUACUUAUUUUCCAGUUCGCGAAAGCUGACUCCACACUGAAUGCUACUAGAGAAAGCUAUGCCAUAAGCAAGACUUAGUUCAUCUUUGAAAACAAAACAAAGCAUUUCUGGACUGGGACAGCCUGACCACUGUUGUCCACGCACUGGUAACCUCUAGGCUUGAUUACUGUAAUGCACUCUAUGUUGGGCCACCCUUGAGGUUGGUCCAGAAGCUGCAGCUGGUGCAAAAUGUGGCGGCGAGACUGCUCACUGGAGCAGGGUAUCACCAACAUAUCACCCUGCUGCUGAAAGAACUGCACUGGCUGCCCAUUUGCUACCGGACCAAGUUCAAGGUUCUAGUUUUGGUGUACAAAGCCCUAUACAGCUCGGGACCAGGAUACCUGAAAGACCGUCUUACCCCUUAUAUACCCAGUCGAUCACUGCGCUCUGCAGGUGAGGGCCUCCUGCAGAUACCAUCUUAUCAGGAGGUCUGUUCUGCACAACAUAGGAAAUGGACCUUUAGUGUCAUGGCACCUACCCUGUGGAAUUCCCUACCCUUAAAUAUUAGACAAGCACCAUCUCUGUUAUCUUUUUGGUGCCUAUUGAAAACCUUCCUCUUUCAACAAGCCUUUUAAGUUGAGACCUUAUCCCAGUCUGUGUCUGUGUUGGAAUUGCUUUUUAAUA